UUGAAUUUUCGGAAUUUCGAAGGGAAAAGUCACCUCGAUAGCUCAAGUCAUAUCGACCAAUGCACCAAAUUAAGAAUUUCAGCAACGUCUCCAGCGAGGAAUCCAUGUGAAGAUCACAUAUGUGGUUGGGGAAAGGAGUGUAUAGUCGGGAAAAAUAAUGAACCACAUUGUGAGUGCAUCAGUAAGUGUCCGGAACUUGACGGUGAUCCAAUGGAUAAGGUCUGUGCCAAUAACAACGAGACGUUCACUUCCUUGUGCGAUCUCUACCGUGAACGUUGUCUUUGCAAGAAGGGUUCCAAACAUUGUGAGAAAAAAUCUCACGCUAAGGUCCACCUGGAAUAUCUUGGCGAAUGUAAGCUACUCAGCGAAUGUACUGAUGAUCUGAUGGCACAGUUCCCUGAACGUAUGGCCGAUUGGCUCUUCCAAGUUAUGAAAGAACUGAAGAGGCGUCGUGAGCUUGACAAACUUGAGUGGGAGGAACUACUUCAGGAAGCCGAAAUGGACGAUGAGAAGAGACAUGUUUAUCCAGUGAUCUGGAAGUUCUGCGAUUUGGACAUUAAGCCACACGAUAAGGCUGUCUCACAUCAUGAACUGAUCCCAAUCACAGCUCCCGUUAUUCCCAUGGAGUCAUGUAUUAAACCGUUUCUGGAGAGUUGCGAUACCAACAAUGACGGCACAAUAUCCAUUGUUGAAUGGGGAAAAUGCCUUGGACUGAAAGACGGUAAUUUUUGA